AUGAAGAAUUUUUCAUUUCCUAUGCAGGAUAGCACACAUCAGACCGAGAGUCCUCCUCCUUACAGUUUCCUGAGUUUGACAAAUCAGUCAGAUCCUAUUGGAAGACCAGAAAGAGAUGAGCAAUUAGCUCAAGUAGAGAUUGCUGUACUGGGGGUCAUAUUUCUGACAGCGUCUGUGGGCAAUUUCAUUCUCAUACUGGUGCUGUGGCGAAGAAGAAAGAAGCUGUCUAGGAUGUAUGUGUUCAUGCUUCACCUCAGCAUUGCUGACUUAGUGGUAGCCUUUUUCCAAGUGCUGCCUCAACUCAUAUGGGAUAUUACAGAUGUUUUCAUAGGGCCAGAUUUCUUGUGCAGAAUUAUCAAGUAUCUACAAUUGCUGGGCAUGUUUGCCUCUACUUAUAUGAUAGUGGUCAUGACAGUGGACAGAUAUCAAGCUGUUUGCUACCCUAUGGUCACUUUUCAAAAGAAGAGAGCUCUCUGGAACAUUCCCAUUUGCACCAGCUGGUCCAUAGCACUGAUUCUUAGCCUACCACAGGUAUUUAUCUUUUCUAAGACUGAAAUAUCUCCAGGUGUCUUUGAAUGUUGGGGUGAAUUUAUUCAGCCUUGGGGCCCAAGGGCAUAUGUGACUUGGAUUUUUGUAGUUAUAUUCUUCAUUCCCUCAGCAAUCCUUAUCACAUGCCAGGUCAAGAUUUGCAAAAUAAUCAGAAGAAACAUAAAUGUGAAAAAACAGAAUGAAUGUGAAGCAACAAAUCAGAAUCAAGUCCUGCCAUCCCGAGCAAGCAGUGUGAACUGUAUUUCAAAGGCUAUGAUCAAGACAGUAAAAAUGACAGUGGUGACAGUUGUUGCAUAUGUUUUCUGCUGGUCCCCGUUCUUCAUUGCGCAGCUGUGGUCCGUAUGGUUCCCCAGCAUCCUGACCGAAGGUUCGGCAUUCACCAUUAUAAUGCUCCUUGGCAAUCUGAAUAGUUGUGCCAACCCAUGGAUUUACAUGUAUUUCUGUGGCCAGAUCCCAUAUUGCACAAAUAAGCAGCUGGAGAAUACCUCGGCUCAAGAGGAAUCGGUGUUCACGGGGAGCAUUCAUCUCGUAGACAGAGACCCUGAGGAAAACAGUACUUCUGCAUAAAUGCUGAGAGCUUUUUGUUGUUUUGUUGCAUUCCCUCUGUUCAAAAGACACUAAUAUUUUACCACCAUCCCUUAUUUUGUGGAUAAGGAAGCUGAAAAAUUGGUUUUUGUUGUAAAAAUAGAUUUCUCUGCAGUUCUGUAGCGAAUACAGGAAGUUUCUGCGUUGUGCAAGCCUGACUCAGUGCUUCAAUCACCGCUGUCUUAUCAGAAUGAAUUCCUGUAAGACUGACAAGGAUACAUGAAAGUAUCUUAGAUGUUUUGUGUCCCAAAGUACUUCCCCAUCUGUGAUUUCGGAUUUCUAAGUGGUAAAAUUUUAUUACUACCUGGUCCAGCAAAUUGAAACACAGUUGAAAAGGAACCUGAUACAAUUAAACUUGAAUAUGUUUUCAGAGUGAACCAUGAAUUGUUCAUCAUUCUGGUGUGAUUGGGGUACAGUGACAAAUCUUGAGAAGGCAGCACAAAGUCAGAAAAAGCUUUUGCCAGGUCUUACUAGCACUUUGUUGAAAUUAACUCUUUAUAUACAUUUAUAAAAUGCCAAACAGCUUAAUAUAAUUUAAAAAAAAUAAAAUUAUUUGGUGUGCUUGUGACAUUGAACCCUUACUUCAGUUUAAAGUUCCAUUGUGGAUCACAGGUGUCAGCAGCAUAGCAGCAGUUCAGGUUUUUUCUCUUCACACCAUGGGAUUUGAUUUUCCAUGCAUUUCCUGAUGUGAAAACAGUUAACUGCACAGCUAUGCACACCCCCCCAACACACAUAUACAUACUCUAAAUAAAAGGGGGUGCUAAGGGUGUACACUUCCAUUUGGCAUUCAUGUGUUCUAGCAUGGGAUUUAUAGGCAGAGAAACAAUUAUUAUUCUAUUCCUUAGUUCCCCUUUAGGUUCAAAUUCAAAUAUUUCCCUUUGCUGUAAAAAUAAAUCUGCAUAUUUUUAUCUCAAAUGCUAUUUGGUUGCUGUUUUUUGGGUGUUAUAUGCAGGUAGCUAUUUAUUUCCUUUCAGUGUCUGCAAUCUGAUCAGAGGAAUAUGGAAGGAAUAUCAGCAAGGCUCUUUCAAGUGAGAAUGGAUCUGCAUUCCUAGGGACUUUUUGUGGCACUUACGUCUGGUGACAUGUAAUCUGUCUACAUUGUACUGUGUUUCAUCACAUUUCAGUUUUCUGAGGGCUAGCAGUUUCAAAUGUCAGUAGAAAAGCUAUACAAUUGUGGGGUUUUAAUAGUCUUUAAAUUGUAGUCAAAUAAAUAUUGUUUUAAAAUAAAUACUGAUCACAUUGUGAGAAAUUCUGCUGUAGAGUGAAUAGUUACACAUCAAGUUAAUUUAUGCUGCUAUGACUGCAUAUUCUGUGAUUUCUAUUCUCUGUAUAGUUAGACCAGAUAAGGACAAGAACCAAAUAUUGCUGUUCUUUAUAAUGGGAAGAGCUUGUGCCCCAGCCCAGCUGACAAGGACAGGUCUCUGGCUGUUAGGAAGAGGAAGAAGGUGGGUAAAGGUAGAUAGAUAUCAGGAUAGACUGGUAUUAGAGCCAGACAGGAAUGGGAAAUUUGUAAAUUUAUCUAUCAGUGUUCUUGGAAGUUGUAGUUUGAGCAUUUUGUGCCCUUGUUUUACUCUGUGUUUUGAGUCUUCCUUUGAACUAUACAUUUUUCAAUUCACUGCACUCAGAUUUCCAACAGGUACUACAGUAUCUCAUUAAAAGAGAGGGUUGACUUUAGCACAACUGUAGUCUGGCCAAGGUGUUUAUUCUAUAUGUGGGAGAAUCACUAACUCAAAUUAUGAGUCCCCAGGGGCACUGUGGAAGCCCAUAAAAAUGAAAAAAAAAAAUCCAGCUAUCAGAUGAAAGCCUUUCUCAUCAAAGCCUAGAUUCUGUUUUCUCACACAAAUAAAUUCUGAGUAGAAAAAUACCUAGUGUUCCCAGUCUUGAAAUGAAUUACUAUGUUGUUGAUGCUGGCACUGUGAUACGCUUUCUGGUUAUCUGGGUGGAGAUUUUUUUUACUUUCCAUGGUUUUGUUACUACUUGGGAAAGGCACAGUUCAUUAAAAGGAAUUAGAUUCUUGCUUAAAAAUUAGUAGUUUAUAUUUUGCAGUACAGAUAAGAAGAACCAAAGACAAUGUAAUCUAUCAACUCUGUAAAGAUUUACGACAG